AGUGGAAUGAGAAGUUUUGUAAUUAAUGAAUGUGACAUUUAAAUGGUUUGUCCUGCAUUGUGGUAUUGAGUACAAUGGUGAAUGUCUGGAUAUUAUUUCUUCUCUUCUUCAUAGAUAAUAGAAGAGGUAUUUUCAAGAGCGUGACGUUAGCCACAUAUUGCCCGACAUCUCUUCGUACUUUGAAAAAUGUGCCUAGCUGUCCGAGGUCAAAGUCCGCUUGGGAAACAGCAUCAGCCAACAAGAAAUGUGCAACUGUAGUGCAAAGUUGUGUAUCGCAAGAAAAGUUUGUGUACCACUGUCUAAUAAAUACAUACAUCAACGCAACCAUUGAAGUGUGCGCACCAUUUACAAACAUUCUUGGAUAUUACUGUGCAGAGUACAACAUUGAAGGCGCUAGGAUACAAGGACAUCCCCAUGCAUCGUGCACAGCUUGUCCAUUUAGAUAUCCAUCGACGAAUGCAUAUAGAUAUCAAAGCUGCUACGAUUUGAUAGAAAGGAAUCCAAGCACAUUGACUAUACCGAAAAUAGAGGCCACUACGACUAGCGUUCGAAAUACCACGGUUACACCGCAGCAGAGUAAAUCAGCGGACAGUGUCGUAAUGAUAAUUAGCAUAGCCCUCGGCGUGGUGGGCUUCAUACUUGCAGCGAUUGGUGUACUGCUGUGGGUGAAAAGAAUUUCAGCAAGGAAUGGGACCAAUAGAGAUGCGACUUCCAUAGAAAUGUCUCCUUUACCACACGAGGAAGAAGUUCAUGAUCGAUUGAUUGAUGAAAAAAGUAUUCUUGAAAACCAAAGUAUGCCAACCGUUUUGAAGGAAACCGGGGAAAGUGAAGCACGAGUAUACAGAAAAUUUACUGCAGCAAUUGAAAUAGGCCGCCACUACACUGGAUACGGUUACUCAACAAAAGAUGAAAUGGGGACAGUAGUUCCAGCAGGUUCUUCAGACAACAUGAAGAUUCUGUCUGCAGUGUGGUAUAACAGCAGGGAUGAUGAAACUAAAAUAGGAUAUGAUGCUCAAGAUGAAUUUUUAAAAGAUCAUGAAAACCCACCAGAAUAUGUUUCUUAUGCUGCUGACUUGUCAUUCGUCUUUGAUCAGAUGGAGACAUUUUCGCCACGCUUUGCAAAGUUUGUGCUGGCUUGAUUAAAGCAGUCAUCGAAUUAAUUGGGCAAACCCAUGCAAAUCCACACUUAACCGAAAUGAAUUUCGUUUUGGUUGUCAAAAGAUAUGACAAAAUGAAAGCACACCUUGAAACCAUGAGAAAAUAUGUUUUUGCCGAAAUGAUGAAGACUGGUAUAGAAGAAGACCAGGUCAGGUUUGUUAUGGAGUCUGACUGCGUGCUGCAGUAUAUGAAGAUUGAACAAUCGCCAACAGCUUAUUAUACUGAGGCUUCUCCAACAAGCUUUACAUUUGGAAACAAUGAGAAGUUCAUGAUUCUGAAAAUUGGGCAUGCUGCCAUUCAGUGUGAUAUUCUCGAGAUAUAUGCUGAAGGAUCGAGAACUAUUACUAAAAAUGUAUUUGAACAUCUUCUGAUGUGGGAUGAUAAAAAUCCAGAGAAGAGGGUCUUCGCCUUGUUUCCACACCAAUUCAAAUUUCUGACAUUAAAUGACGUGAAGAGGGACUACAGAAAACUUCAUAGUGAGUUGUUAGCUAGCUUAGAAAAACUGAAGAAAAACACGGAUGAAACCAAAAGUAUACAAAUUGAAUUACCGCAGAAGCUGAUGACUACUGCUCAUUAUCGACCACAGCAAUCAUCUUCUGGAAUCGUGAUAUCUCCGAAAACAAAGACCCUUUCUAUCGAUUCGGAAAUCAUAAAAAAUAUCUUGGAAGGUAUUUUCCAGAUUACUAAUAUAUUCCUCUCAGCUACAUGUACCAAUGACCGCAUGAUAGGAGUUCGAAGUGUUUGUCUUAUUGGAGGAUAUGCGAACAAUGACAAGAUUCGGGACAUAGUUAAAGAAUAUUUUCGAGAUGUUCCCGUGAUUUUACCACAACAGCCAGAUAGAAUUGUGGUAAUGGGAGCAACAUUAUGUCCUGCACAAGAGAAUGUGCCAUACAAAUUGUCAAUCUUGGGCCAAUUAAACAAGAAAUCUUGAGAUUUUCGCAACCCGUGUGUUUUAUUCGAAGGUCAUAUGAUAAAAGGACGUAAAAGUGAAUACCUAAUGUUGGUACAGGGGUCGAGGCCUCAAGUAUCAGCAAAUUGGCAAUCCAUGCUUGUUUACCUCUCAUUUUAGAUGCAAAAAUGGUUGAUUGGGGUUGGUUGCAUAUUGUUUAACGUCCAGCUUGAAAAUUUUUCAUUUAUUUGGAGACGUCACCAUGGCCAGUGAAGGACUGUAAAAUUUAGGCCUAUAGUCGACGCUUAUGACCUUUGACCUUCUUCAUAGUGCCACACCUGCUGUGACACGGGACCUUAGAUUUCUCGGUCUCAUCCGAAGCACCAUCCCAUUUAGUAGCUUCUUACGACAAGCAAUGGGUACUGAGAACUUUUUCUAUCCCGAAACCCCACGGGACUACUACUUCAUAUCGAUAUCAGCUACUAUUGUUAUUUCCAUGGUAGAUAAGAUAUAAACAUGUUGAGUUAUUAUGUGUUCCUUCCUUUGAUCAGAGUAUCUCUUAAUUUUCUUUCAUGCAUGAAUCUCUUAUUGUAAUGUAAAUAUAAUUUAUCGCAUAAUUAUUAUUAGUUUUCAGUAGGCGUGAUUUAAAACAUUAAAUAAUGUUUUGUCUUGAAUAAGUAUUUUGAUUUGUGUGAUGUAUGAGUGAAUGCAAGAACUAAAAUAUAUAUGAUGUAGAUUAU